GUUACAUCCGGCAUAUUCCUGCUAGCUUGCAGACAUGGCAGCGUUUGCGGAAAUGGGUGUGAUGCCUGAGAUCGCUCAGGCUGUGGAGGAGAUGGACUGGCUGCUCCCUACGGACAUUCAGGCUGAGUCCAUUCCUUUAAUUCUUGGAGGUGGUGAUGUGCUCAUGGCUGCAGAGACUGGCAGUGGAAAGACUGGUGCCUUCAGCAUUCCAGUGAUUCAGAUCGUUUAUGAAACCCUGAAGGACCAACAGGAAGGCAAGAAGGGGAGGGCCUCAGUGAAGGCUGGAGGGGCAGUCAUGAACAAAUGGCAGAUGAACCCAUAUGACAGAAGCCCUGCCUUCGCCAUUGGUCCAGAUGGCAUGUGCUGCCAAAGCAGAGAGUUUAAGGAGUGGCAUGGAUGUCGCUCAACAAAAGCGGUGUCAAAGGGGAAAUACUAUUAUGAAGUGACUUGCCAUGACCAAGGUCUGUGUCGUGUGGGAUGGUCCACUGCCAAAGCUGCCCUGGAUUUAGGUACCGAUAAGUUUGGAUUUGGAUUUGGAGGAACUGGCAAGAAGUCUCACAACAAACAGUUUGAUAACUAUGGAGAGGAAUUUACCAUGCAUGAUACCAUUGGAUGCUACCUGGAUUUGGAGAAAGGCCAUGUGUCAUUUUCCAAAAAUGGGAAGGAUUUAGGUUUGGCCUUUGACAUACCUCAGCAUUUGAAAAAUGAGCCAUUCUUCGCUUCCUGUGUGUUAAAGAAUGCUGAACUGAAGUUUAACUUUGGUGACGAAGACUUCAAAAAUCCACCCAAAGAAGGCUUUGUUGCUCUGAAUAAAGCCCCAGAGACACAUAUUGUGAAGUCUAGUCAGGCUGGAACUGCACAAGUGAGCCAGGUCAAGAACCUGGCAAAUGCCCCAAAAGCACUCAUUGUUGAACCCUCAAAAGAGCUGGCUGAACAAACACUGGCCAAUGUGAAUCAGUUCAAAAAAUACGUUGAAAAUCCUAAACUAAGGGACCUUUUGAUCAUUGGAGGCGUGGCAGCAAAAGAGCAGCUGUCUGUUCUGGAGCAAGGGGUGGACAUAGUUGUUGGGACACCAGGUCGAUUAGAUGACCUUAUUUCAACUGGGAAGCUGAACCUGUCUCAAGUGCGGUUCCUGGUACUGGAUGAAUGCGAUGGGCUCCUGAGUGCAGGAUACACUGAUUUCAUCAUGAGAAUCUACAACCAGAUUCCUCAGGUCACUUCUGAUGGGAAGAGAUUGCAGGUGAUCGUGUGCUCAGCGACCUUGCAUUCCUUCGAUGUGAAGAAGCUCUCUGAGAAGAUCAUGCACUUCCCUACCUGGGUCGACCUCAAGGGGGAGGAUUCAGUGCCAGAGACGGUCCAUCACGUGGUGGUGCCCGUCAACCCCAAGACCGACCGACUGUGGGAAAGGCUCGGCAAGAACCACAUUCAGACCGACGAAGUACAUGCUAAAGACAAUACUAGACCUGGUGCCAACACUCCAGAAAUGUGGUCUGAGGCUAUUAAAAUCCUCAAGGGCGAAUACGCUGUCAGAGCCAUCAAGGAGCACAAGAUGGAUCAGGCCAUUAUCUUCUGUAGAACUAAAAUAGACUGUGACAACAUGGAACAAUACUUUAUUCAGCAAGGCGGAGGACCAGAGAAGAAGGGACACCAGUUGUCUUGUGUUUGCCUUCACGGGGACAGGAAACCAAACGAGCGCAAGUACAACUUGGAACGAUUCAAGAAACAAGAGGUGAAGUUCCUGAUCUGCACUGAUGUUGCUGCUCGAGGAAUUGAUAUCCACGGCGUUCCGUACGUGAUCAAUGUCACUCUACCGGAUGAGAAGCAGAACUAUGUUCAUCGUAUCGGAAGAGUUGGGAGGGCUGAAAGGAUGGGUUUAGCCAUAUCGUUGGUGGCUAUGGAGAAAGAAAAGGUGUGGUACCAUGUGUGUCCCAACAGAGGGAAGGGCUGUAACAGAACCAGGCUGAAGGAGGAGGGGGGCUGUACCAUAUGGUACAAUGAGAAGGAGCUCCUGGCUGAAAUUGAGGAUCACCUGAAGUGCACCAUCACGCAAUGCGAGCCGGACAUCAAAAUACCCGUGGAUGAGUUCGAUGGGAAAGUCACCUACGGCCAGAGGAGAGCCACUGGAGGUGGACUCUACAAGGGACAUGUGGACGUGCUGGCCCCCACGGUCCAGGAGUUAGCAGCACUGGAGAGGGAAGCCCAGACCUCCUUCCUGCAUCUCGGCUACCUGCCCAACCAAUUGUUCAGAGCCUUUUAAAGGGCCAUGCUUUCGUGUGUCAUCCAAGCACUACAGUAUCUUACCUAGGAAACCAUUUGCAAUGGUAAAAAUGUCUAAAAACUCAUUUAUUUGCAGUGUAGCUGAAAGUUUAGUUUGAAACGUGCUGACAUUAAACAAAGCAUUUUUUUUUCCUUGGAAAUGAAUAAAUAUGGCUUGUGUUCAAAGUCAAAGUAGCCUUGAAAUAA